AUGGCUGCUUACAACUACAGAAAUAAGGCUGAAGCCACCCGGGACGUGCUUGUGCGCUUUUUACUAAACCGGGACAAGACGGCGGUGCAGGAGGCGAUGAAAAAUAAAACACCUUACCGCUUUGAACAGAUGCACCUACUCUACCUACAGAUCCACAUUGGCCUGGAGAAAGUCCCUUCAGAGAGUCACCCUAACUCUAUGUUCAGCAGGAGUCAAAUACAAGUGGGGUCCCUCACGGACCUUACAAGCCACCAAAGACGGCCGCACUUACCAACUCACCUCCUGCAGAUGCUAGAAGUGAGCCGAGUUGCUCAUGGGACAUUGCCAAAGUCAUACCAUUCAUCCCAAGAGCUGCUGCUGAUACCUGCUGAGGCCAGAGAGGCCACUCAGUAA